GCCGCCUCUCUCCUCUGGGUCUUCCAGUUUCCCGGCGUGCUUCAGGCCCGCCAAAUGGGAGGGGGAGAAGCAAGAUGGCAGCAGCCGCGAACUCCGGCUCUAGCCUCCCGCUGUUUGACUGCCCGACCUGGGCAGGUAAACCCCCUCCUGGUUUACAUCUGGAUGUAGUCAAAGGAGACAAGCUAAUUGAGAAACUGAUCAUUGAUGAGAAGAAGUAUUACUUAUUUGGGAGAAACCCUGAUUUGUGUGACUUUACCAUUGACCACCAGUCUUGCUCUCGGGUCCACGCUGCCUUGGUCUACCAUAAGCAUCUGAAGAGAGUUUUCCUAAUAGAUCUCAACAGUACACACGGCACUUUCUUGGGUCACAUUCGGUUGGAGCCUCACAAGCCUCAGCAAAUUCCCAUCGAUUCCACGGUCUCAUUUGGUGCAUCCACAAGGGCAUACACUCUGCGUGAGAAGCCUCAGACAUUGCCAUCGGCUGUGAAAGGAGAUGAGAAGAUGGGUGGAGAGGAUGAUGAACUCAAGGGCUUACUGGGGCUUCCAGAGGAAGAAACAGAGCUUGAUAACCUGACGGAGUUCAACACUGCCCACAACAAGCGGAUUUCCACUCUCACCAUUGAGGAGGGGAAUCUGGACAUUCAGAGACCAAAGAGGAAGAGGAAGAACUCACGGGUGACCUUUAGUGAGGAUGAUGAGAUCAUCAACCCAGAGGAUGUGGAUCCCUCAGUUGGUCGCUUCCGGAACAUGGUGCAGACUGCAGUGGUCCCAGUCAAGAAGAAGCGGGUGGAGGGCCCUGGCUCCCUGGGCCUGGAGGAAUCAGGGAACAGGCGCAUGCAGAACUUUGCAUUCAGUGGAGGACUCUAUGGGGGCCUGCCCCCCACGCACAGUGAAGCCGGCUCCCAGCCGCAUGGCAUCCACGGGACAGCACUCAUCGGUGGCUUGCCCAUGCCAUACCCGAACCUCGCUCCUGACGUGGACUUGACUCCCGUCGUGCCGUCAGCAGUGACCAUGAACCCUGCACCAAACCCUGCCGUCUAUAACCCUGAAGCUGUCAACGAACCCAAGAAGAAAAAAUAUGCAAAAGAGGCUUGGCCGGGCAAGAAGCCCACACCUUCCUUACUGAUUUGAUAUUUUUGGUAAUGGAGGAGGGUGGGAUUGGGUGGGAACAGGGUGGAAGGGUGAUGGGGGAGCUAAUGAAUUAGGGAGAAAAACUUUCCAUGUGUGCAGUAUCGUCUUUCAGAAUGUCUCCUGGGGUCCUAACCAUGUAAUAUUAAAACUGGGGGUGGGGUUGAAGUAUCCCAGAAAGACCUGUCUUCAGAACACUUUCAUUGAAGAGAAAUGUUUCAUACAUCCUUUUAAAUAGACUGCCCUGGCUCUUUUGCACUCUUUCCAUUAUCUCCUUUUUUCUUUUCUCCCUCUUUCUAGGAUCACUUUUUAAAAAAUUAUUUACCCCAGGGAGAGACUCCAGGCCCUCAGGUUGAAUGUGGAGCUGUGGAGGUGACAGUAGCAUUGCCAGCUUGGUGGGUUUAGCAGCCUGAUUUAUAUUUACUAUCCUGCAAGUCCCAGGUAGCAGAAGGGUUGCCACGGAUUCCAGGUUAACAAGAGGGUUUAGAAUGCUUCAGUUAAGCUAAGGUUUAAAACAACUCAGAAGUUUUCCUGGGUCGGUGGUUUUGAGGUCCAGUAGUUAGGCUUUUCUCUUUUGUCCUUUCUGUUAGAAUGAGAACAUUUUGAUUUUUCUUCAUCUGUGACCAGUGCCAUAGACACAGGUUGAUAGUUUUAAACUUACAGUAUUGUUUGAACUUUACCUGUUUUUCUUGUCAAACCUGAGUACUCUACUUGCUGAAGUUUCUCAUUUGAUUCCAGAGUACUGUCCUCUACUCUCUAAGGCAUUACUUUCCUUUUCAAGUGUGUUAUGAAGGCAAUAUAAAGGAUAUGACCAGUUAGAGCAAUUUCAAUUAAAAAGGAAAAGAUUUUACUUUGAAGUAACGGAUAUCUCGAAGAGGACAUCUUCAGAUGUUGAUUUGGAGGCUCUUUCCCCCCCUUGACUGAGAGCUCUCGUUGUCCAGAGCUCCAAGACUAGACCUGGUUAACAAACAUAGGAGACGAAGGUAGGACACAUUGAUGUGAGCUUUGUACAGAGAUUUGUACAUUUGUGUAAUAGGCCUUUUCACGCUUUAUGUGUAGCUUUUUACCUGUAACCUUUAUUACAUUGUAAAUUAAACGUAACUUUUGUCAUU